AUGCCGCGAAAACCACAUACGGUCGAUCGUCGCCAGUUGCCGGCGGCCUUGCUGUUCGUCAGCCCAUGGCUGCUGGGGUUCGCAGUGCUCAUCGUCUAUCCGUUCAUUGCUUCGCUGUAUUGGAGCUUCUGCCGCUACGAUUUACUGUCGAGCCCCGAAUGGGUCGGCACCGAGAACUAUCGCCAAUUGCUCGACGAAUUGCUGCACGGCGGCCGAUUCGGACAGGCCCUGUGGAACACGGCCUACUACGCUUUGGUGGCCGUGCCCUUGUCGAUCGUGCUUGGUGUGUGGCUGGCGGUGAUGCUGUCGUGGAACAUUCGCUACCGCGCGCUGUUCCGCACGGUGUUCUUUCUGCCUUCGGUUGUUCCGGUGGUGGCGGCCAGUGUGUUGUGGUUGUGGUUGCUCGACCCGCGCGAUGGUCUGGUCAACUAUGUGCUCUCCUGGUUCGGCAUUGCAGGCCCCGACUGGUUCAAGAGCCCGCACGUCGCACUGUGGCCGCCCGAUUGGUUUCGCGGCACCGCCGGUGUGGGCUCGAAAGAUGCAUUGGCGCUCAUGUCUGCCUGGGGCAUGGGCAACUUCAUGCUCAUCUACAUGGCGGCCCUGCAAGAUGUGCCCCGCGACUUGUACGAAGCCGCCGAGAUCGAUGGGGCCAACCGCGCGCGAAGAUUCUGGCACAUCACCUUGCCGAUGCUUUCGCCGGUGAUCUUCUUCAACCUGGUGAUGGGCCUCAUUCAAUCGGUACAGGCUUUCACUCAGGUGUACAUCGUCAGCGAUGGCGUCGGCGAACCGCUUGGUUCGCUGCGUGUACUUUCGCUGCAUUUGUUCCUCGCCGCGUUCAAGGAACUCGACAUGGGUUACGCUUCGGCCAUGGCGUGGAGCACGUUGAGCGCCGGUUACUCCGCAUCGAGUAUCGCCCGAGCCGUGGGAUUGAUCGCGGUCGGCCUGAUGAUUGUUCCCGCGGUGCUUGCGCCGGGAAGUCGAUCGGAACCGAUUCCCCAGGGCCGGCAGGAAGUGGUGUUCUGGCACUUCUGGGGUGGCCGUGAUCGCGCGGUGGUCGAAGAGAUCGUCGAUCGCUUCAACAACUCACAGGACGAACACUACGUUCGCGCGGUGGCCAUGCCGGGCGCGAACCUCGACUUAAAGUUCUUUCUCAGCGUUACCGGCGGCGAUCCACCCGACUUGCUCAAUCAGGACGAUCCCGUGGUGGCCGAUUGGGCCAUUCGCGACGCACUGACCCCGCUCGAUAAAUUAGCGACUCCUGCAGAGAUCUCGGAACUCGAAACAUGGCUUUUCCCGGCGGCUCGCGCGCUAGGGAGUUUCGACGAUCGACUCUACGCCCUGUGCAACGGGCUUGAUAUUCGGGCGCUGUACUACGACAAGAACGUGCUCGAAGAGUUCAAUCGCGAACCGCCGCAAACGAUCGAAGAAAUAGACGAGCUGGCCCGACUGAUCGCACCGCCGGGCCACGACAUCCGCCGUCGUCGUUACGGCUACGUGCCCGACUCGCGCCGGCUAUGGGCGUGGGGCAUCGUGUUCGGCGGCCGUUUCUACGAUCCGGCAACGGGUGGAAUUACCGCCGACAGCCGCCCGAUCGUCGAUGCGCUGUCCUGGAUGGCCUCGUACAGCGAAAUGUAUGGGGCCGACGCCUUGUUGGCGUUUCGCCAGGGAGAUCAGGCCCUCACCGGGGCGGCGUUCCCGCUGUUGCAAGGUCGCUACGCCAUGCUAAUGGACGGUCAAUGGCGCGUGCGCGAAGUGGAAGCUGCCGUCGAAGCGGCCAACGCGGCUGGAAGGCCAGCCCCACGUAUCGGCGUCGUCCCGCUUCCCAAAUGGAAAGACGGACCCGCCGACGCCGGUUGGGUGAACGGCAACUUCUUCAUCGUUCCCCGCGGAUGCAAGAACCCCGCCGGAGCCUGGCAGUUCAUGAAGUUCUGGUCCGGCUUUGGUGGCAACGAAGCCGAAGCCGCCCGGGCCUGCGUCGCCGGCGGGUGGAUUCCUGCCUCAGAACAAGUCGUCCAACAAGAAGUUUUUAAGCAGUACCUCAAAGAUCACCCCGACUUCGCCACCUUCGUGCAUUUGGCGGCAAGCAAAAACCAGGUGCCGUGGCCGCCGAUCCCGGUGGCUCAAUUCUACGACGAUCAACUUCGCGAAGCGGCCAUGGCGGCCAUGUACAAGGGCGAAGACCCGAAAGCGGUGUUGCAACGAACAACCCGUCGCGUGCAACAGCGAAUAGACGAGGUGCUCGAGCAUGAAGACUAA